AGGUGGCAGCACGCUAGAAGUCGCUCGUCUCGUGUCAUCGCUUCGUCGUUUUCAUUUGCCUCGCGCGCGCUGUGCGCGACUGGCGAACCUUGUCCGGUGUCCUGCUGCACCGCACCGGGAGACAUUCAAUCCGGUCAUCCAACUCGACCAUGCUCGCCCCUGCACCGGUUCACGAACCCAGGAAUGAGUCUCAGUACGACUAUGCGGGUGAGGAUGAAGAGGAAGAGGAGGAGAUCCUUGGCUCUGACGAUGACGAACAAGAAGAUCCUAGGGACUAUUGCAAAGGGGGCUACCACCCGGUGAAAAUCGGAGACCUUUUUCACAGUCGGUACCACGUAGUCCGGAAGCUGGGCUGGGGCCACUUUUCCACCGUCUGGCUUUGCUGGGACCUUGUGGGCAAGCGAUUUGUGGCCCUCAAAGUGGUGAAGAGUGCCUCACAUUACACAGACACUGCCCUAGACGAGAUCAAGCUUCUGAAGGCGGUUCGAGAUAGCGACACGGAUGACACAUGCCGAGAGCGGGUGGUGCAGCUUCUCGACGACUUCAAGAUCUCUGGAGUCAACGGGACCCAUAUGUGCAUGGUUUUCGAAGUACUGGGACACAAUUUACUCAAACUGAUCAUUCGGUCAAAUUACCAGGGCAUUCCACUACCCAAUGUGCGAGCCAUCAUCAGACAGGUGCUAGAAGGUCUGGAGUACUUGCACACCAAGUGCCAGAUCAUCCACACGGACAUCAAGCCUGAGAACAUCCUGAUAGCCGUGGACGAUGCCUAUGUCCGCAAGCUGGCCUAUGAGGCAACCCAGUGGCAGAAGAUGGGGCUGCGCCUUCCUGGUUCAUUGGUGAGCACGGCCCCCAAGGAGCUCCGCACGGUGCCCACCCUGCCGUCCGAGGGUGCCGCAGGUGCAGCCGGGGCAGCUGGCACCGGCGGAGGGUCCGCCUCCAAGAUGUCGCGCAACAAGAAGAAAAAGCUGCGCAAGAAGGCCAAGCGUCAGCAGGAGCUUCUUGAGCGGCAGAUGCAGCAGCUGGAGGAGCUGGACAUGGAGGAGGACGAGGAGGAAGGGGGCCACGGCGAGCAGGAAGGCAGCGGAUCCCUCAAUGGAGGGGGCCCGCCCCUGGGCAGCCCUCCUGACAUGCCGCCGCAAGAGGGGGCACUGCUGGGAGACGGCAUGGACUGGACCCGAAGCGUGGAAGGCGGGGACCCCUCGUGGGCCGUCAGCGGAGCCGGAGGAGAUGUCUGCAACGGUCACCGGGGCGACGGAGCCGCACGGACAACCAUGGGCCGCCUUGAACGGUCAGAAAGCACCCUGGCACCUCCCACACCCACCACGCAACUGCGGAGGGUGGCCUCCUGCCCCGAAAACCAAAAACCUCCGGAGAAGAUGGCUGAUCCUGUGCAUGAAGUUUGUAAUAUAUCUGUAAAAAUAGCUGACCUUGGAAAUGCCUGCUGGGUGCAUCACCACUUCACCGAGGACAUACAGACGAGGCAGUACCGAUGCCUCGAGGUCCUCUUGGGAGCGGGCUAUGGCACACCUGCCGACAUUUGGAGCACAGCCUGCAUGGCAUUUGAGCUGGCCACGGGCGACUACCUUUUCGAGCCGCACUCUGGGGAGGACUAUAGUCGAGACGAAGACCACCUGGCCCACAUCAUUGAACUCCUCGGAGAGAUCCCCAGGCACAUUGCCUUUUCGGGCCGAUACUCCAGGGAGUUCUUCAACAAGCGAGGGGAACUGAGGCACAUCAGCAACCUGAAGCCCUGGGGCCUCUACGAGGUGCUAACAGAGAAGUACGACUGGAGCCCCUCAGACGCGCAGGCAUUUGCAGACUUCCUCCUACCUAUGCUGGCUUAUGACCCGGCCACGCGAGCCAAGGCCUCCGACUGCCUGCGGCACCCUUGGCUUGCCGCACAGACGCCGCCCAGUGGCAGCACCGGGAACAACAGCACUUCCUCUGCCCCCCGAGACGAGCCCGUCGUCUCGUCCGUGGCGCGUCCCCCUCCCUCCUCGCCGAACCAGCGUCGGCCCCCGUCGUCAUCGUCGUCGUCCUCGUCGUCAUCCUGAGAAGGCCGCCCCUGCUCGUUGUCUGUGUGUUGUGGUGUGUUCCAACAGAGGAGGACCUGCUGCAUUCUGAGGAUGAAGUGCGGCUGACAGCAGCAGCAGGGGGUCGUAUCAACUCCUCAACUUGCGCACGCUGCGGCGUUUUCCGGGGGAGUGGUGGGGAAGGGGGCAGGGGACUCUGGUUGGCGCGUUUAUUUAGCGGGAGGUUAUAAGGCGCGCCAGUUGGCUGCAAGUGCUGCUGCAUAUCUGGAACCCUAUGUUUAGAAAAGACUGGGCUGCUGCUUCUUGGCUCGCUCGUACUGCUUGACCCUGUUGCGUGUCAGGUGGCCUGUAUAUGGAUCUUGUCAAUUGUCCGGCUCCUUACCGCUCUUUGUUCACUCCCAGACCUAGCUGCAACAGAGAGAGAGGACUUAGCAAGGCACAGAUACUAUAGUAUUGCUGUCCCUUGUUUCCCCGCAUAUUCUGGCAUUGGUUAGCUGUGUGCAAGUUUGGGGACGUUUGCAGAAAAUGUAGAGUGGCCUGUGCAGCAGCAGCAGCAGCAGCAUUUUUUUUUCUUGCAGGUUUGAGAGCUGAUUUGGUGACAGAUUGGUCUUUGUCACCGACAUUCCGAUCAGACAUGUUAUGCAAGCAGUUGACUGAGCCAUUGGGAAUGCCUCAACAAUGGACAUUUCUCCUGCAUGGCUACGACCAUGUUUCAGCUUAAAUUGCAGCGGGGGCAUGCAUUUUCUUUUUCUGUAUGUCACAAAAAUUUGUGAAGCACAUUCUUCAAAUGAAAUUCACCAGCUUCAUGUAAUUAAAUAUACAAAUUGUCGGACUGUACCUUGUGCAGUGUGCUUUUGUUGGGUUCACAAGAGGGCUCUUCUGGGGUGGUAUUCUUGGUUAAUCACUCUCGGGUGUAUGACCACUUCCGCGAGAUUUCACGCGGCUCUGCACCAAAUGUAUUGGCAUCUACGGGUGACCGUGUUGCUGGCAUUGUGCCAGGCAAGGUAUCUUUGCACAGUGCUAGGAAUGCUGUUGCCCGUUACGCUGACGCAUCCAGUGCCAAUUCAUGUGAAAUCUCGCAGAACCGAUUGUACACCUUAGAGGGAUUGUUUGCGAAUGCUGCCCUUGUUCCCGCUAAUUGGAAGGUAUACUGAAGUCAGGAAAUUUGUGGGCUGUGUGUUCCAUAUAUGGGAAUUCCAAGGUGUCAGUUCUUGCAUUGCGCAGAAUACCAAUUCGAUUGUAGUCGAAUGAUUAAAGAAUGUUUUAAAGUACUGGGUUUAGGCAUACUUGCGCAUUGUCCUCACUUUUCUAAUUUCAGCUGUGGUUGUAAUGGCUGCUUGCAUGAGCAGGAAACUGCUUACUGUGUUGCAUCCUGGAGCAAGUGAACUGCUACCAUUGACAUGAUAAAGUUUUGUCUAUUGUAAAGAAAUAAACCUUAAUUAGAACUUCCUGUGAAAGCACUUUGUGGAAUUCUUGCCAAAUUAUUCUCGAGGCUAGAUCUCUUUUAACUUGCUAGUGGUCUUUCUUAGAUCACAGUUCUCUUGACAUGCAGAUCGAAUUCGCUUCAUUGCAUGUAGCUGCAGUGCAUUGUAACUAUGUUGCACGUAGUUGCACCGCUAUGCUUGAGUAAUGAGAUCUGCCAAUUGCUAGCAGAAUUGUACUCUUCAAAUAUUUGCUCGCAUUUAUUUUUAGGUUGCUUGUCAGCUGCUAGCCUCGUCCAGAAAAACUGCAGAUGGUUACACAAACUUGUACCUUGCAUAAGUUUAUAUAAAGAUGCCCACCGAACCCGACGCGGCUCGACAUGGGCCGAUGUGACCCACAGUUGGGCCACAUCGCUGGAUUCUGUUGAAAACUUAUUGCGCACCACCAUAUCUCCUAGAAUGUUCACAUUGCAGCUGCUAUUGCGUGACCUUUCCUGACAGUGCCCCCCUGUGAAGCAGCUUGUGGAUACCUCGUUGCAGAAGCAAGGUUUUGCAUCUGGUUGGAGCUUGUUAAGGUCUUGUGUUUUUGUGUGAAGUGUCUUGGGGGCAGCCCUAAGUGCGUUUCAGCCUGGUCUAGGUAGCAGCUGUGGACUGGACACUUGAACCUAGUUGGCACCUCGGUAGUUUGGAACGUUUCCUUUUGUAGUUUGCAUGCAAUGUGUACCUUUUUGGUGCGUCUGUGCACUCUACGUGAAAUGAACUGCAUUGUUCACGACGGCCCACUGUGCAUUUUUAUUCCCAGGAGGCGUUCUUGCUUUUGACACAUGUAACGAGGUAUGUGUGCUGUAUGGUUGCGUAAAAAAAAAAAAAAAAAAUUGAUGAAUGAAGUUCAGGGGUUGCACUUCUCCUUUUCUUUUUUUCCUUUUUUUUUUCUUUCUUCCGAAAGUGCUUUUUAAGUUAUGCUAAUAAAACUCGCCAAAGAGUA